AUUUACAAAACGUAUCGCGAAGAGACGCCAAAAAUAAGAAGCGGCGAAGAGGACGAUCAAAUCAAUCGCGCACUCGGCAAGAGAGAGAGGCAGGCGGAGAGGGGAACGGAGGAGGAGGCGGCCUCGACUCGAGCCCGGGGAUGGACGCGAAUGGUGGCGGCGACGACGAUGACGCGCGGGCGCCGCUCCUCGCCGGCGGGCCCGGGCGGCGGAACAACUCGGUGGGGUCGAUGCGCGGGGAGUUCGUGUCGCGCCUGCCCAAGAAGGUGCUCGACGCCGUCGACCCGGAGAGGCCGUCCCACGUCGACUUCUCCCGCUCGAAAGGCCUCCGCGAAGGAGAGAAAGAAUACUACGAGAAACAGUUUGCCACCUUGAGAUCCUUUGAGGAGGUUGACUCAAUAGAAGAAUCCAAUGUAAUAAGUGAAGAGGAAGAGCUCAUGGAGCAAAGACAGAGUGAAUUUGCCAUGAAAAUAUCAAAUUAUGCAAAUAUUCUUCUCUUGGCAUUGAAGAUAUAUGCCACAGUUAAAAGUGGGUCGAUUGCUAUAGCUGCAUCAACACUUGAUUCAUUGCUCGAUCUCAUGGCUGGUGGUAUCCUUUGGUUCACACAUCUCUCGAUGAAAAGCAUCAACGUCUACAAGUAUCCAAUUGGUAAAUUGAGGGUGCAACCAGUAGGCAUUAUCAUCUUCGCAGCUGUUAUGGCUACUUUAGGAUUCCAAGUAUUUCUUCAAGCUGCUGAAAAGCUGGUAGUGAACGAGGCUCCAGAUAAAUUGAACUCAGUACAACUUAUAUGGCUAUAUUCAAUCAUGAUCUUUGCAACAGUAGUUAAGCUAGCUCUGUGGUUUUACUGCCGGACAUCUGGUAACAACAUUGUCCGCGCGUAUGCUAAGGAUCAUUAUUUUGAUGUGGUCACAAAUGUCGUUGGUUUGGCUGCUGCUGUUCUUGGUGACAGGUUCUACUGGUGGAUCGACCCAGUUGGCGCAAUCGUCCUUGCAGUCUACACAAUUACAAACUGGUCUGGAACAGUGUGGGAAAAUGCAGUAUCACUAGUAGGUGAAUCAGCUCCCCCGGAAGUGCUGCAGAAGUUGACAUACCUAGCUAUCAGGCACGAUCCUCAAAUUAAGCGUGUUGAUACAGUUCGGGCAUACACCUUUGGGGUCCUUUACUUUGUUGAGGUUGACAUUGAGCUCCCGGAGGACUUGCCACUCAAGGAGGCGCAUGCCAUUGGAGAAUCACUUCAGAUAAAGAUCGAGGAACUCCCUGAAGUCGAGCGGGCGUUCGUUCACCUUGAUUUUGAGUGUGACCACAAGCCAGAGCACUCAAUCCUCAGCAAGCUUCCUAGCAGCCAACCUUGAGUACCAUUUCGAAUUCCAUCACUGGAGAAGGAAGGUGCUGGCUAUUUUGCUUGUCGUGCAGGAUCUGAUACAGUUCUCGGUGUAAUGUGCUAUAUGAAAGGGCUGAAGUUGGGUGAAGCACUGUUGGUAAUUAUCCUAGUUUAGGCUAUCUAUGAGAGAUAACUACCAACGUUGGAGAGUAUGGACUUAACUUGGAAACCAUCUUCUUAAUCAUCAUGUUUCCAGUAGAUUUUUUUUGUUGCGUUGAA